GGCUAAGGGCGGUGGCUCCGGCUCCUGGUAGGAGCCGUCCGCCCCUCCGCACUGGCGGUGUGGACGCAGAACUCGGCGAAAGAACGUGGCUGGGUAGGUUUCACGCAGCUGAGGUAGGUUUCCCGUGGGCACCUCGGGCUGCUGGACCGCGCCUCGGCAGGACGUGCUAGGAGAAAUGGAGAGGAAAAUGAAACAUUAGAAGGGGCAGCUAUGCGGCAGAUCCUAAGAGAACUAUGGCAACAUCAGGUGACUGCCCCGGAAGUGAAUCGCAGGAGGGAGAGGAGCCCGUGGGACACUGUGAAGAGCACCUCGCAGAGGGGGUGCAGCCCGAGGAGUUUGUGGCCAUCGCGGACUAUUCUGCCACCGAUGAGACGCAGCUCAGUUUUCUGAGAGGAGAGAAAAUCCUCAUCCUGAGACAAACCACCGCCGACUGGUGGUGGGGUGAGCGUGCCGGCUGCUGUGGGUACAUCCCAGCGAACCACCUGGGCAAGGACCUGGAGGAGUGUGACCCUGAGGACACGUGGCAGGACGAAGAGUACUUCGGCAGCUACGGAACCCUGAAACUUCAUUUGGAGAUGCUGACAGACCAGCCACGCACAACUAAAUACCACCACGUAAUCCUGCAGAACAGGGAGUCCCUCAAAGACAAAGUAAUUCUGGAUGUCGGCUGCGGGACCGGGAUCAUCAGCCUCUUUUGUGCGCAUUAUGCGCAGCCCAGAGCGGUGUACGCAGUGGAGGCCAGCGAGAUGGCCCAGCACACAGGGCAGCUGGUCAUGCAGAAUGGCUUCGCUGACGUCAUCACCGUGUUCCAGCAGAAGGUGGAGGACGUGGUGUUGCCGGAGAAGGUGGACGUGCUGGUGUCCGAGUGGAUGGGGACCUGCCUGCUGUUUGAGUUCAUGAUCGAGUCCAUCCUGUACGCCCGGGACGCGUGGCUGAAGGAGGGCGGGGUCAUCUGGCCCACCACGGCGGCGCUGCACCUCGUGCCCUGCAGCGCCGACAAGGACUACCGCAGCAAGGUUCUCUUCUGGGACAACGCCUAUGAGUUCAACCUCAGCGCUCUCAAAUCUUUAGCAAUUAAGGAGUUUUUUUCCAAGCCCAAGUAUAACCACAUUUUGAAACCAGAAGACUGUCUCUCUGAACCGUGCACUAUAUUACAGCUGGACAUGAGGACGGUGCAGAUCGCUGACCUGGAGACAAUGAAGGGUGAACUGUGCUUUGAUAUCAAGAAAGCCGGCACUCUGCAUGGAUUCACGGCCUGGUUCAGCGUCCGUUUUCAGAACCUGGAGGAGGACGAGCCGCAGCUGGUGCUGAGCACAGGACCGUUCCACCCCACCACCCACUGGAAGCAGGUGCUGUUUAUGAUGGACGAGCCCGUCCCCGUCUACAUGGGGGACGUCCUCACAGGCUCGGUCGUGCUGCAGAGAAACCCAGUGUGGAGGAGGCACAUGUCCGUCGCUCUGAGCUGGUCUGUCACUUCCGGACAAGACCCUGCGUCGCAGAGAGUUGGAGAAAAAGUCUUUCCGAUCUGGAGAUGACAGCUGAAAUGCCGCUCGGGAGGCAGUGCGAGCUGCUGGAGGGACGCACAGGAGCGAAGGAAGUCACGCCCUGGAUGUCAACACUCGUUCCUGUGACAGCCUGCGAACGCUCGCUCUGCCUUGCAGGUGGCACCGCCCCUCCCUGUGUGCUCCGCAGACCAACACCCUUGGGCUGCCCUCGCCACUGUCACUGCCCGUGUCUGUACUCUAGAAGUAGGCUGUGUGUCCAGGUGUCCACCAGUUGUGUCCACAGUGCCGACCUCUGGGUGUUCCUAAGCUAGGUCUAGUUCUACACUCAUAGGACACAUGCGUCAACCUUGUACUCCUGUGAAAGUGACCGUCCGUGCAUCACGUGUUAAUGGUGUCCUUACUGCCCUCGGUUCGUCCCCUCGGCGUGCAGAGCGUGGGGCUGCACAGAGCCGUGCAGGACCCGGAGGUGGCAGUGCAUGCGCCGGGGCUCUGCAUGAGAUAGUACAGUUGUAGGGACGUCUUCCAGAUCCCCUGUGUUGGCACAUAGUACAUCUCAAUAAAUAUUUUUAAACGAA